AUGGGCUAUCAUCACACAGGAGAGAAGAUCCUCCAGGAUUCUGCUCUUUCGGAGAAAAACCUGAGCCAUUCCUUCUGCCCAGCCAGAUCGUACAUUGUAUGCAAAACCAAAAUGAAGAAGCAAUGUGAUCAAAAGCUGCUCAUUCGAAUGAAAACUGAAUGUGUACCUUGCUCGUUAAACCUCGAAACCCAGUGCCCUGCUGGUUACACCAAAAUUACCAAUGGGACCGGGAUACCGGACUGCAGGUAUUAUCUAGAAAUUAAAACACACACACUUUCUUUUCCUGGAUGUCGGCAUCAUUGUAUGAAGGAAUUUGAACAACCUGAGUGCUGCCAGGGACACUGGGGCCCAGACUGCAUGGCAUGUCCCGGAGGAGCUGCGUCACCCUGCAACCGGAGAGGACGCUGCUCCCAGGGUAUAAACGGGGAUGGAACGUGCACUUGUCAGAAAGGGUUUGGUGGGACAGCCUGUGAAAAAUGUGCUGAAGAUAAUCUCUUUGGUCCUUACUGCACAUCAGUUUGCAACUGUGUUCACGGAGUAUGCAACAGUGGAAUUACAGGGGAUGGAAGAUGCUCUUGCUUGUCUGGAUACAAAGGGCUCAGCUGUGAUCAGCCAAUAGCGGAAUGUGAGGCCUUGCGGUGCCCUGAAAACUCCAGAUGCACCGCCUCAGGUGAGGAUGGAAGACAACUGCAAUGCACGUGCCUGCCCAACUACCACGGGGAUGGUACACGAUGUGAACCUAUCAACCCAUGCUCCAAAAAGGUCUGCGAUCCUAACGCUGACUGCAUUUACCUCGGACCAAAUCGGCACAAAUGUACCUGUCGAGAAGGUUACCGAGGGGACGGUCAAGUCUGCUUACCCAUAGACCCUUGCCAAGCAAUAUAUGGGAAUUGCCCUGCCCAGUCUACCAUUUGCAUCUACGACGGUCCAGGAAAGUCCCACUGUGAAUGCAAGGAGCAUUACACAAACUUCAUGCCUGGGAAAGGAUGCAGCAUGACGGACAUCUGUGAAACAAACAACACGUGCCAUAAAAAAGCUAAAUGCUCAAUGGUUGCACCAGGACAGAUUACGUGUACGUGCCAGGGGGGCUCCGUGGGGAACGGGUUUGUGUGCUACGGAAACAUCGCGGAGCGCCUCCGAGACCUGAACGCAGAAGUGGGAGGACGGUGGCAAGGCAAGCUGACCUCCGCCUUAUCGCUCGUGGAAAACGUCUAUGAAUGGCCACUGAGUACUCUGGGACCAUUUACCAUGCUUGUACCAACAAACAAGGGGCUCAAAGGUACAAAUAUAAAGGAUCUUCUGAAUAAUAAACAGAAAGCACAGUACUUUGUGAAACUCCAUGUAAUUGCUGGUCAGUUGAAUACCAGUAGCUUGAAUAAUACUAAUGUAAUAUAUACUUUGACCGGCAAAUCAGGAGAGAUAUCAAAGGGAGAAGAGGAUAAUCAAUUAAGAAUUAGAAUCCAAGGAGGAAGGAGUAAAGGAAAACUUUUGCAGGGAAAUAUUAUUGCUUCCAAUGGGAUUUUGCACAUUAUUGACAAAGCCAUGGACAACGUGGAGCCAACAUUUGAAAGCAGCAAAGAGGAAACCAUAAUGUCAGUCCUUCAAGAUAAUAGAAGAUACAGCCAAUUUACAUCUCUGAUAGAGAAAACUGGCCUGGGAAUGGAUUUACAGCAGGACCACAGGUCUUACACAGUCUUUGUUCCAAGUAAUGAGGCUUUGAGUAAUAUGAAAGCUGAGGCUCUGGAUUACCUGCUUUCUGCAGAGGGUUCGUGGAAGUUGCUGGAGCUGGUCCGACACCACAUUGUCUCCAAUACUGAGCUAGAGAUUGCCAGCCUUGCCUCAAUAGAGCACAUCAGAAGCACAGCGAAGCAGUUCAUUUACUUUAACAGGACCAGCACUGGACAAGUCUUGGUGAGUGGAGAAGAAAUGGAAGAAACAGAUAUUGUUGCAAAAAAUGGUCGCAUUUAUACUCUUGCAGGAGUCCUUAUCCCACCCACAAUUGUUCCAAUUCUCCCACAUCGGUGUGACGAGACAAGAAGUCAAGUUGCAAUGUUCAACAUUUUCCUCCAGUUCCUGAAUCCCACCUGUGCAUACAAGUACAUGGAACCAAAGUGUUGCAAAGGCUUCUUUGGCCCUGACUGCAGUCCGUGUCCGGGAGGUUUCUCCAAACCCUGCUCAGGAAACGGACAGUGCAUGGAUGGUCUGGAUGGAAAUGGGACCUGUGUUUGUGCUGAGGCAUUUCAAGGCUCACACUGUCAGUUCUGCUCAGACCCUGGCAAAUACGGACCUCGGUGUGACAAAGAGUGCCUCUGCAUUUAUGGGAAGUGUGACAACCGAAUAGACAGCAAUGGGAACUGUCUUCCCGGAUCAUGCAGAAGUGGAUACACGGGGAAACUCUGCGAUAAGCAGAUUGUUCCCUGCAAGCCCUCCCUACUGUUCUGCCAUGCACAUGCAGACUGUCAGCUUAGCGACGGUGCGGUGAGCUGUGUUUGCAAACCUGGCUACGAGGGAGAUGGCGUGAGCUGCAGCAAAGUUGAUCCUUGUGCUGCUUUAAACCCAGGUGGCUGCAAUAUCAAUGCCGAGUGCAUUCGGGUGGGCCCAGGAGAACACACGUGCGUUUGCCAGGCAGGAUGGACAGGCGAUGGAAGGGACUGCUCAGCCAUCAACAACUGCCUGCUGCCCACCGCCGCAGGGUGCCACGAAAAUGCCACCUGCAUAUACGUUGGGCCAGGUCAGAAUGACUGCAAGUGUAAGGAUGGAUUUCGGGGGAAUGGAAUUGAAUGCACACCCAUAAACUCAUGCCUGGAACAAAAUGGAAAAUGCCAUCAUCUGGCAACUUGUCAGUUUGAUUCUUCUGGCGGCUGGGAAUGUGUGUGCCCAAAGGGCUAUGAAGGAGACGGUAGAAUAUGCUAUGGAAAUGCUGCAGAUGAGUUAUCUACUCUAUCAGAAGCAGCUGCAUUUAACCAAUGGAUUAAUGAGGCUGAGAUAAACUCAGUGUUGUCCACCACCUCAAACCUAACUGUCCUUGUGCCUUCUCUCCAAGCAAUUGAAAACAUGGAUGAAGAUGAGAAAGCCUUUUGGAUGUCAAAGAGUAACAUCCCAACUCUACUGAAGUAUCAUGUAUUGACAGGAGCUUACAGCUUUGCCGAUUUCCAGAAUUUAUCAACCUCUGACAUGCUGCCAACAUCUCUACAGAGCAACUUCCUACACUUGUCUAAAGAAAAUGGGAACCUCACCCUCGAGGGUGCUCAUAUCGUGGCUGGUGACAUCGCAUCCACAAAUGGGAUCAUACACGUUAUUGAUAAGGUCCUGACCCCCCUCCGCAGCACCGUCAUGCCGAGGCUGCUGGCCCGCCUGGAGCAAAUGCCCGAUUACUCCAUUUUCAGGGGCUACAUUAUUCAAUACAGCCUGGCAAAUGAAAUAGAAGCUGCAAACACGUACACAGUCUUUGCCCCAAAUAAUGAUGCCAUCGAAAAUUACCUAAGGGAUAAAAAGCCUGCUACUCUGGACGAAAGCCAAGUCCGCUAUCACAUUGUGCUGGAUGAGAAGCUGCUGAAGAACAACCUGCACAACGGCAUGCACAGGGAGACCAUGCUGGGGUUCUCCUACCAGGUUGGGUUCUUUCUCCACAACGGCCAGCUAUUCAUAAACGAUGCUCCUAUAAGUUAUACAAAUGUUGCAACAGAUAAAGGAAUUAUUCAUGGAUUGGGAAAAGUCCUGGAAAUCCAGAAGAACAGAUGUGAUAUUAAUGAUACCGUGAUCACCGUAAGUGGUUCUUGCAGAAUUUGUUCGCAGCCAUCAAGCUGUCCCCCAGGAACAAAAGAAAUAGCAGGGGAGAAGAAAUACUGCAUCCUCUCUGAAAACAACAUGAGAACGUACACCAUCCAGAUCGGGUGCCAGCCAAAGUGUGCUAAAACCAUCAUUACCAGGGAGUGCUGCGCAGGUUUCUUCGGGCAGCAGUGCCAGCCCUGCCCGGGAAAAGCAGGGAACGCCUGCUUCGGAAACGGCGUCUGCCUGGACGGCAUCAACGGCACCGGCACCUGCGAGUGCGGAGAGGGGUUUGUGGGCACAGCCUGCGAAAGCUGCGUCGGAGGCAAAUACGGCCGCAACUGCGAUCAAGCGUGCGCUUGCGUCCACGGGAAAUGCAGCGCCGGGAUCGACGGGGACGGCUCCUGCGAAUGUGACGUCGGCUGGAGAGGGGUGACAUGUGAGACCCAAAUCAAAGACGACGCAUGUAACGCCUCAUGCCAUACCAGCGCUAACUGCCUUCUCCUAUCAAAUGGCACUGCCUAUUGCAAGUGUGCAGCUGGGUUUGAGGGGAACGGGACGUUCUGCACAGCUAUUGACGCUUGCAAAACCAGCAACGGUGGCUGUUCUGCCAAGGCAGAGUGCAGAAGAACAACGCCCGGCAAUAGAGCGUGUGUCUGCAACGCUGGCUACACCGGAGAUGGAAUAGUCUGCAUCGAAAUCAACCCUUGCCUGGAGAGCAACGGUGGCUGCGAUAGAAAUGCAGAGUGCACACAGACUGGACCCAAUCAAGCAGUGUGUAAUUGCUUGAAGGGGUACUCUGGAGAUGGGAAAAGAUGCACAUAUAUCAGUCUGUGUUCACAAAAUAACGGAGGCUGCAGUGAAUUUGCCACCUGUAAUGACACCGAGCUGACAGAAAGGACCUGCACCUGCAAACGUAACUACAUUGGGGAUGGAUUCAAGUGCCGAGGCAAUAUCUUCCAGGAACUUCUCAGGGACUCCAACACAUCCAGGUUUUAUUUCCACUUAGAGGCCUUGUCUAUCAGAGAUAUUGCAGGCCCUGGCCCUUUCACCCUGUUUGUACCUCGCACAGACGUACUAAACAGCGACCCACGAGUCAAGGACUGGGUUGCCAAAGGAGUGAUGGCUCAAGUCCUCCGGUACCACAUGGUGGGUUGUGCCAGCCUGUUGUACAGCGACCUGACAACAGUCACCAACAUCACCUCCCUCCAUGGGGACCCGAUACACAUCAGCUACUCACAGAACUCACUGGUUUUGAACAACAAAGCUGAAAUUAUACUCCGUGAUGCUGUUGGCACAAAUGGCGUGAUCCAUGUCAUAAACCAAAUUCUGGUCCCAUCACAUAUCCAGGAUUUCCCCCUUAAGAAGGUAUGUGAAAGCCUUAAAAUGGUUGCAGCCAAACAUGGAUACAUCCUGUUCAGCAGUUUGCUAGAGAAGAACAACCUGCUUGGGCUGAUCAACGAUCCUAUCCACAAACCCGUCACGCUCUUCUGGCCCACAGACGCAGCUAUCCGUGGGCUACCGCAGGAGCAGCUGGACUUUCUCUUCAAGAAGACCAACACAGACAAACUGGUGCAGUACCUCAAAUUCCACAUUGUCCGUGACGCUGCGGUGUUGGCCUACCAGCUACCCCUCUCCACCUCGCUGAAGACCCUGCAGGGCUCCAACCUCAGCAUCAGCUGUGGGGAUAACAGGGAGAUUGGUGCCCUUUUCCUGAACGACCGACAGUGCAAGAUAGUGCAGCGGCAGCUGGAGUUCGAUGGGGGCAUCGCCUACGGCAUUGACUGCCUGCUGACAGACCCCAGCCUGGGGGGACGCUGCGACAGCUUCUUCACCGUGGAUUUCACGGGCCAUUGUGUUAGCUGUUUCAGUAAUUCAAAAUGCCCUCCAGGGACAAAACCAAAGGACGGGAUCCAGCGGUGCACGUACGAGUCCUACGGGCUGCGGCGGGACGGCUGCCGAAGGAACUGCUCCAUGGUCAUCCACGCGGCCAAGUGCUGCAAGGGCUACUUCGGGCCAGACUGCCAAGCUUGUCCAGGGGGCCCAGAGACCCCAUGCAAUAACCACGGCUCCUGCGACGACGGGUACAGCGGGACAGGAGAGUGCCGCUGCGACAGCGGCUUCAACGGGACGUCGUGCGAGCUGUGCUUGCCAGGCAGAUACAGCUCCAGCUGCAGGCCCUGCGAAUGCAAGACCCACGGGCAGUGUGACGAAGGCUAUUCAGGAACGGGACGAUGUUUCUGCGAAACAGGAUGGACUGGCCGGCUGUGUGAAACCAAGCUAGCUCUGCAGCCAGUGUGUUCCCCGAGUUGCUCCGCCAACGCCGUCUGCAGGGAGAACAACACGUGUCAGUGCAAGCCGUUCUACGACGGCGAUGGGAUCACAUGCACCGCUGCAGACCUUUGCAAACAAAACAACGGCGGGUGCCACAAGGCAGCCGAAUGCACACAACUCGGGGUGAAAGUCUUCUGUAGCUGCCAGAAAGGACACAAGGGAGAUGGCUUUACGUGCCUUCCAGUAAAUCCUUGCGCUGACGGGUUCAACGGAGGCUGCCAUGAGCAUGCCAUUUGCACUGUCAUAGGACCUGACAAACGCAAGUGCGAAUGUAAAAAUAACUACAUCGGCGACGGGCUGAACUGCUCGGUGAUGCAGCUUCCCCUCGACCGCUGCUUGCAAGACAACGGGCAGUGCCACCCUGACGCCGACUGUGCCGAUCUCCACUUCCAAGAUACCACGGUUGGGGUUUUCCACUUACGGUCCCCACAAGGACAGUACAAAAUGACUUACGAGAAGGCAAAGGAGGCCUGUGCCAAUGAGUCGGCCACCAUCGCAACGUACAACCAGCUGCUCUACGCGCAGAAGGCGAGGUACCAUCUAUGCGCUGCCGGCUGGCUAGACGGCGAAAGAGUGGGCUACCCGACCGCCUUCUCCUCCCCAAACUGCGGCUCCGGGUACGUUGGCAUCGUGGACUACGGCAGAAGAGUCAACCUGAGCGAAACCUGGGACGUCUUCUGCUACAGGGAGAAAGAGGUGGACUGCACCUGCAAGCCAGGCUACGUGGGGGACGGCUUCUCCUGCAGCGGGAACUUGCUGCAAGUGCUGAUGUCCUUCCCAACGGUGACAAACUUCUUGUCGGACAUCAUGGCUUACUCCAACAGCUCUAGGAAGGGGAGAGAGUUCCUGCGGUACCUCACAGACCUGUCAGUGCACGCCACUCUCUUUGCUCCAAACGACAGCGGGUUAAGGGAAAAUGAGACACUUUCCGGGCGAGACAUCGAGUAUCAUUUAUCUAAUGCCAGCAUAAUGUUUUACGAGGACUUGACCAACGGAACCACUCUUCUAACUCGUCUAGGGGAAAAACUCCUCAUUACAAACACCAAGAGCCAGGAAUAUCAAGCCCCCACCACUGAACAGAGUGAGAUCAGAUAUGUGGAUGGAAGUGCUAUUGUUGAAUGGGAUAUAAUCGCUUCCAACGGGAUAAUCCACGUCAUUUCAGAGCCUUUAAAGGCUCCGCCAGCACAUGCUCCUCUCCACGCCGGUAACGGAACAGGAAUAUUCUUUGGCAUCUGCCUGGUUACAGGAAUUGUGGCUUUUAUUGGAUAUUCUUACCUCAGGUUCAGGAAGAGAAACACAGGCUUCCAGCACUUCAAGUCAAUAGAUGACACUGACGUAACAUCACUGGACAAGUCACAGCCUUCUAUCACCAACCCCUCAUAUGAAAGUUCUUCUGCACUGACUCCACCAGAACCUACUUAUGAUCUUUUCUCAGAUUCGGAUGACCAGCAGCUUGUGAUGACUGGUCCUCAUGAUCAAAAUUAA